GGAGGUGUACACGGGUAAACUACUUGGUGAAAGCAUGCUUUGUAUUUUUAACAUGUAUAAUUGUAUUAAGAUCAAGCAAGCUUAGUUUUGUGCCUGGUUUUCUUGUUUGAAAAUGGAUUUGUUACCUGGGAGUUGCAGUUGAUGACAUUUUGAUAUUAAUAUGUUUGCUGCUGCUACAAAGAGCUUUGUCAAGCAAGUUGGAGAUGGAGGGAGAUUAGUUCCAGUUCCAAGCCUCAGUGAAGCUGACAAAUACCAGCCUCUCAGUCUGGUGGUAAAAAAGAAGCGAUGCUUUCUGUUUCCUAGAUAUAAAUUUACCUCAACACCUUUUACACUGAAAGAUAUUCUCCUAGGAGACAGAGAAAUUUCAGCUGGUAAGUUUAAAUGUUUGGGAGUGAGUACUCAUGGAACUGUUAUUAGUAACCUAAACAGAGGUCCUAUGUACUAUUUAUACUAGUAAUACAUAUUUUCAAUGAAAAAAAAGCAACUUUUAUUAUGAAAGUAAUGAUAUUAUUGAGAUGAACAAUGCCUAAAGUUUAUAUAAUAUCAAAUCUCUUAUUGAAUACUUUUAAAGUCUAUUAAUUAUUUUAUAAGUUGUUUUAAUCAAAAUCAACUUAGAAAACGACAUAGUAUUUUUUCCUCUAUAAAUUAGUGUAUUAUUUGAUCUUAUCUCCAGAUAAAAAUAAUUUGAAUUUUGUUUACAAUUCAGUUAUUACACCUGGUAAACUGAAAUGUCUUGAUUAAAAAGUCAAUUGACAUUUUGAUAAGUUACUGCUUCUAAACACCUGUUUUUAUUUCAAUAACCUAGUACAUCUUGAUAUUUAAGAAAUUUUGUUGGCUGAACAGAUAAUUUGAUUUCAUUUGAAAUAUUUUGGCUAUUUGUUUUUUGUUAUUGUAAAAUUGAACUGCUAUUUUAAUUUUGGCCUGAAAUGUUGCUUCUUUUAAAAUUACCAUUUGGGAGAUUGGAUCUUGAAUUGCAAAUUAACCUGUUACUUUAUAUAAUCUAUAUAAGCUGAACUGGAGGCAUUUAAAAAUACUAGUCCCUUUUCAUAAAGGUAUUUCAUCUUAUCAAUUACUGAAUUAUGAAGAUGAAUCAGAUGUUUCACUUUAUGGAAGGCGAGGCAACCAUAUUGUAAAUGACGUUGGGAUUAAUGUUACUGGAUCAGAUUCCAUUGCAGUAAAAGCUUCAUUUGGUGUAGUAACCAAACAUGAAGUGGAAGUAUCAACAUUACUCAAAGAAAUUACUACACGGAAAAUUAACUUCGAUCACAGCUUGAUACGUCAGUCACGGAGCAGCAGAAAGGCUGUGCUUUGCGUGGUCAUGGAAAGCAUUCGAACCACACGACAGUGCUCCCUGUCUGUUCAUGCUGGCAUUCGAGGAGAAGCCAUGCGGUUUCAUUUUAUGGAUGAACAGAAUCCCAAGGGAAGGGACAAAGCUAUUGUUUUUCCAGCACAUACAACCAUAGCUUUCAGUGUUUUUGAACUCUUCAUUUACUUGGAUGGUGCCUUUGACCUUUGUGUCACUUCAGUGUCAAAAGGAGGAUUUGAAAGGGAAGAAACAGCAACGUUUGCACUGCUCUACAGACUGAGAAAUAUACUAUUUGAAAGAAAUAGAAGAGUGAUGGAUGCCAUUUCUCGUUCACAGCUUUACUUGGAUGAUCUUUUUUCUGACUACUAUGACAAACCUCUCAGCAUGACUGAUGUUUCACUCAAGGAAGGGACUCAUAUCCGAGUUAACUUACUUAAUCACAACAUUCCUAAAGGGCCUUGCAUACUCUGUGGAAUGGGGAACUUAAAAAGGGAGACGGUCUAUGGUUGCUUUCAGUGUUCUGUAGAUGGACAGAAGUAUGUGAGACUUCACGCAGUCCCUUGUUUUGAUAUUUGGCACAAGAGAAUGAAAUAAAA